AGGUGUCAUUAUUUUAUGUUCUUAUAUAGCGCUGCAGACACUUAUUGUUAUCUGUAUUUUUUCCCCUUUGCCUUCAAAGGCCCAUGUGAGUCAAACCCAUGCGGCGAUGGUAGCACCUGUGAACCUCGUUUCGAUCAAAUGUUUGAAUGCCUGUGUUUGCCUGGUAGGGUCUACAAUAAAGACAGCAGCACUUGUGAGAGUGCCAAGGUUUUCCCUGGACAACUGACCCUGACAAACCAGUACAAUUCAAACCAUGCAGACCCCACAUCAGAAGACUUUCUGAAUGUGUCUAAAGGCGUUGUUACAGAGCUGGACAAUGUUUUUAAGUCAACUACUGGCUACUCUAAAUCUAUAGUGCUGAAACUGAAGUCCACUAGUAGUGUCAGAGUGUGGUUCAGGGCGACGCCAGGUAUCUUGGCUGAAGUAGAGAACAUCUUUGAGCCAGCAGCUGUCAUUGAUACUAAAACAAUUACAGAAGCAUUGAAAAAGGCGAUUAAAGACUCAUCUAAAGACUCUAUCCUGAAUGGGGCAGCUUUUAAAGAGGAUGACCUGUGUACUUCAAAACCUUGUGAUGUGGAAACCACUGAUUGCACUGGCAAGGAUGGAUCUUUUGACUGUUCAUGUAAGGACGGCUACAUUAAGACGAUCUACAGCGACAAAGUAUGCGUUGCUUGUCCCAGUGGGCAAAAAGCUGGGCCCAGUGGUUGUGUCGCUUGUACAUUUGGUUAUUCUGGCUUAAACUGCAAUGAAUCAUGGCAACUUGCGCUGGUAGUCGUGUCUGUUGUUGGAGGACUGCUGCUCAUCUCAGCCAUUGUUAUGGUUGUAUUGGCACGCAGAUCUGGCAAGAAGAGCUCCAAGAAAAUGAAAGAUGAAGGCACGGCAAAGCCUAAUGUCAGCAACUUUUCUGCAAAAGCACCAUUGGUCAACAGCACAGCCAACACCCGAGCACCUUCGGUGAAUGGAUCAGCCAACGCCUAUGCUAGCGCCGGGGUGCCUAGAAUCCCUCGGGCCAUGACAACAAGCAACAUGGACCGCAGGACCCACCUGGAGAUGACUCCGAGCAACAGCCGGCAAAACCUGGUCCCUAAUGGGAGGAACCCGCGGCUCUAUGAUGACCCUGACGACAUAAACCCAUACACACAGGCUCGAUCCCAGAACAACCCGUACGCCCAGAAUCGCCCCCAGAACAACCCGUACGCCCAGAAUCGCCCUCAGAACAACCCGUACUCCGCCAAGGAGGGGUACACCAACCCUUACGUCACCAAUGACAAUGGAAGACGGUUAUAUUAAUAAGGGUUAAAUAACACAACCUCUUUAAUUCCUUAUUAUAGCAUUAUGUAUACAGAAACAUGAAUUAGAUGUCCUUUCACCACAAUGACUCGCAGAGCUUGAAUGUAACUGUGAUCAAUUAUAAGCUUCCAACAGUCAUUUCAAUUGUUUCCAUGACACAUGUACUGAACAUCUGAAACUUUGGGAUUUGGAAAAAUGCAGGCCUAUUCAAAGGUGUCAGUCAAACCUGAAUUAAACUCAGGGACCAGUAUAUUUAAGAUAUAACUAUUUUGUCCAGUUAAUAUCUUGCUCGUCAGUGAAUUUACUAGAUAUCACUUUAUAUGUCAAAUGUUUACGCUGUGUCAUUAUGUGUAACUCAUUAACUCAUCUUAUUGUGAAGGAGACGAGUUUCUUAAAGUCUGAUCAAAUAUUGUUCAAAUGUUCAUUAUCUAUCUAUCUAUCUAUCUAUCUAUCUAUCUAUCUAUCUAUCUAUCUAUCUAUAUAUCUAUCUGUCUGUCUAUCUAUCUAUCUGUCUGUCUGUUUGUGUAAAAAGUUUAUUAUAUUAAAAAUGUUUGUUCUUCUUUUUUUGUAUUUCUAAGAUAUAUAUUGUGUCAAUUUUCAUUUUGAUUAAUACUUAAGUAUUAUUCAACACCAAUAAAAUAAAGUUAUAGGAAAUAUUUGAUAGCUUAUUGUACUGCCUUCAUGUUAUACACUUCUUAUAUAAGAUAGUCAUGUACGGAUGUAUUGAUCAAACGUCAAUAUUUCAAUUUAAUGUAUUUAAUCAAUAAAUAUGUCUUAUUAAUGUGAAAGGAUAAGUGAUUAUUUGAAUAAAUUACUAUCUCCAUUA